AUGUUUCUCCACACGCACCAGAUGUUCCCCGUGCUCCUCACGGCCCUCCUCUCACUUACCCACGCCAGCGCACAAAUCCCACCGUCCUGGUCUACAAACUUUACGCCUGCCACACUCAAGCUCGAAGCCACCUACUCAACCAACAUCCGCCUGACCUCUGGUAGCGCCGGCGGUAACCUCUUCACCAGCGAGGCCUCCGCCCCGCCCACAUUCCGCCUCAGCGACGAGUCCAACCUCUCCCCGGGCGCGCGGUACACCAUCCUCCUCCUUGACCCGGACACACCGUCGCUCGGCGGGAAUGGCGACGAGUCAUAUCUCCACUUCCUGGGGACGGAUUAUGCCCUCCGCGACGGGGCAGCCGACGCGGAUGCCAGACAACUGAUCUCUGAGAGUAAGCCGAAGAAGGAUGGGGCUGAGCCCGCGGUGACGGAGACAAAGAGGGAGGAAUUUAGCGUUGAGAAGUUUAUCAAGGAUAGCGGUAUCGGGCAGCCUGUGGCGGGGCUGUAUUUUCAGACGGCAAAGAAUAAUACUGGGAAGAGGAGAAGAGAUGAGGUUGAUGAUCGGAUGGCGGGGAUUGAGAGGGCGUUGAGGAAGAGGGGCGAUCUGAGGGAUUUGGAUAGGGAGGUGAGGAAUAGUAUCGAGUGGAAGUGGCCAACAGGUCGAUUUAGGAGGAAUGUGGUCAAGGGGCGCGACGAGGCGUGGAAGAUGAAGGUUGCGGGUUUGGGACCACGGAAUGAGGAGAAGAGGGAUCUAUUAGAGGAGCUCGAUGAACACUGGAAGGAGAAAGCUGAAAUCCUGGAACCAAAGGAACCAAAGAAAGCAAAGAAACCAAAGCGACAGCUCGUCGAAGAGCAGUUGAGUGAUGAGUGGAAACCAACUGUUGCGAGCCCGCAGUACUCAAAAAGACAACCGGUAGAUGAGCUCGACAAUGCCUGGAAGGAGAGGGUUGCGGGUCUGGGACCACGGAACCCUAAGAGGCAGCUGGUAGAGGAGCAGCAGGGCGAUGAGUGGAAACCAAGUGUCGCAGGACCACAGUACUCGAAAAGAGAAUCGAUAGACAAGCGUGAUGAAGCGUGGAAGCAAAAGGUUGCUGGGCUAGGCCCACGCAGGAAGAGUCGUAGAAGGAGAAGGAAUCCGUUGGUGUAA